CCUUACAUUAGUACACAUAUAACUGUUGUACGAUGUCGGUCGCACAUUUUAUCAGGUUGGGACUCCUUUUAGUGUCUUGUGCGGAUUUAGCUCUGUCGGCCCAGUGUCCCACCGGAUGGCUCCACUUUCAGGAGUCAUGUUACAAGAUAGAAAGAAACCCUCUCAAAACUUGGCCCGAUGCAAAGCAAAGCUGCGUGAAUCAGCAAGCUCAUCUGGCCAUUGUAAUGACCCUCGAAGAAAAUUCCUUUCUUCGGAAUGAAACGAUGAAAAUCGGUGAAGCCGGUCGCCAGUACUGGAUGGACGGGACGGAUAUGGCGACAGAGGGCACGUGGAUUUGGGACAAAACUGGGGAACUAUUUGAGGUAAACGAUUGGGCGCCAAAUGAACCAAACCAAAAUGGUGGCCAGGAAGAUUGCCUGUCGAUAUUCUCGACCUUGGGUUAUCAUUGGAACGAUGAGCACUGUAACAGCCCCCAGGCCUACAUUUGUGAGAAAGGAGACUCCUCGAGCGGAACAGGAGUUGUGGGAUAGCUAUUAUGGCAGCCUGUUUUGUAUUGGAAUACUAAUGGCAUGCAUGGAGUUUUAAUGAAAUAAUAAAAAAAAAUGAGCAUCG